AUGUUUAAUCAAGUGCCCGGUCGCUGGAUCGUCAUAGGUGUCACUACCUUGAUCACAUUUCUCGCUGUUACUGCCCAAUGGUUCAUUCUCCUCCCGUUCUUUGCUGGCAUGGAUUCCAUGCUCACCGCCAAAACCCUGAUUCCCCUGAAUAUUGGACUUUGCAUGAUUUACAUUAAUUACUACUUGGCAUGCACCGUUGAUCCAGGUGAAGUACCUGCAACCUGGGAACCACCGUAUGCUGUGCUGGAGGAACAUGCACCUCAAGGGUUAACAGGCCCCCGAUUUUGCAAGACGUGUCAAGUUUAUAAGCCUCCACGAGCCCAUCAUUGUCGGUAUUGCCAGCGAUGUAUAUUGAAGAUGGAUCAUCAUUGCCCCUGGAUCAACAACUGUGUCGGCCAUGACAACUAUGGUCACUUUUUAAGAUUCGUCUUUUGGGUGGAUGUGACAUGUAGUUAUGCUCUUUCGCUGUUGAUAUGGCGCAUGUAUGCCAUGAUGGACAGCAAUCGACUCGAUUGGGAUUUCAUGCAACCCACAUUAUUCGAGACUGUAUUUCUUAUUGUUGACAUUGCAGCGAUUGUCAUUGUCAUACUCUGCGUAGGGAUUCUUAGUAUAUACCACUUGUACUGUAUUUGCCGAGGCCAAACCACCAUUGAGGGACGCGAAAGAACCAAAGUAAAGCGGCUCAUUCGACGGCGGAAAAUUGCUCCGAUUCAGUUUCCUUUCGAUGUCGGUAUCUAUCGAAACAUUAGUGCCGUACUAGGAAGCAAUCCUUUGCUUUGGAUGUGGCCUCAGCGCAUGGGUGGGGACGGUCUUUCAUUUCCUGUCCGACGCCACACAGGUGAGCUUGCGCUUCAACGCUUAUUUAGUUGCGGUAACUGA